GUAUGAAAGAAAGAAUAUGAGAAGCUCUCCUUCCUCCAUUAUAAGCUCUGCCUACCCCAUUUUCUCCUAGUACCUCAGCCUCCUUUCUCCUCCAUGGAAGAGACCAGAAAUUUAAAUUGUGAGGUUCAAACAACCUCUUCAUCUUCCUCUUCCUCUUCAUUUCCUUUUCCAACAAAUGUUUCACCAGAAUUCUCUGCUCAAAAAAGUUGCAAGAGAGUUGAGAAAGAGAAAAUUGGUAAUGAAAAUAAGAAGAAGCUGAAGAGUGGGGAUGAUGGGAGGCACCAAAUGUACAGGGGAGUAAGAAUUCGUCAAUGGGGGAAAUGGGUUUCAGAGAUCAGGGAACCAAGGAAGAAGUCAAGAAUUUGGCUAGGGACAUUCCCUACACCAGAAAUGGCGGCUCGAGCUCAUGAUGUUGCGGCUCUUACAAUCAAAGGCCAGUCGGCUUAUCUCAAUUUCCCUGAGCUGGCUCAAGCUCUACCCCGACCGGCUAGCUCAUCUCCCAGAGAUAUCCAGGCUGCUGCAGCCAAAGCAGCCUGCAUGAACUUCCCUACAACCAAUGAAGCUGAUCAUCAAGCCACCCUGAGCAGCCAAUCCAUGGCCUCCCAUGACACCCAAGACUCGUCAUCUUCGCCGGCAAUCGACAACGACGACGACGCCUUCUACGACCUUCCCGAUCUCCCAGCCGACGAGUUCUGCUACUCAUCGACAUGGCAGCUGGCCGAAGCUGAGCCUGUGGAUACCUGUCUCCGCCUUGAAGAGCCCUUUCUAUGGGGGUUCUACUAGAAUUUUUGGUCCAAGAUAUAUAUAAACGAUCUCAAAUUUUUGUUUCAAAAAUUGUAUCACCAUUUCAUUUCAUGAGUUCAAAAUAAUAAAUCUUAUGAAAUUGUGAUACAUCUUUUGAUACUUCUGUACUGUUCUCGGAGAAAAUCUGGUGAUUUCUCCGAGACAAUGCCAGGACGAAGGAGGUGUUUGAAGCUCAAACCUGCAGGUUUGGUCCGCCGUUUGUGGUUGCCUUGUUUGUCAUGUCACGUACGUGCCUCAUUUGUCAAUUGACAAUUGUAUUUGAACCUCCACCCUCCCUUUCACAUUUAAUGAUGGACGUUGUAAAUAUCCACGAGAGAGAGAAGCUAGUGUUUAAUUAGUUUUUCUUCAGAGAAAAUAAAAAAUAAUAAUGGAAAGCUUCUCGUUGGUUUCAA